AAUUAAAUCGAUGAUCGAAUCGAUCGAGCACAACACUAUAACAAUGUUUGCCUAACAAUUUUUUUAGAGUAAAUAGACCUGUGAUUCAUUAGUUAUCAAUGUAUCCUAAUACUUUAUUAAAGUGUGAAUUUUUUAUUGAUGUGCAAAGAUGGAUUUGGAACAAAUAAUUGCAUGUCUUAGAUCAUCUUUAGAUUCACCAACACCGGACACAAAUUAUGAUUCGCGAGGUGAAACUUUAGGUGUUCAACCAUUACAACAACCUUCAUGUUCAAACCAAAGCCUAUCUCUUUUAGACGCUUGUUCCGAUGAAGAUACCGUUAAAAGUUACCUGGUAGAUAUUGAUGAAGUGAUUAAUCAGAACAAUGAAGGACGAUUUUUUGAUUCAUCGAUAGGAAAUUGGUCCAGUUCUAAUGAUCGCAACAACCUACCCGAUGGCUUGUCUAUUGAAAGCUUAAAUAAGUUAACGUAAUGUUUUACUGUUAAAGGCUUUGUUGCCUAACUCGUUACAUAGUUUUUGGGAUGGUUAUUGAUAAGCGAAAAUAAAUUUUUGUAAAGUAUCAAAUAAUAAUUUAAAUCCUUAAUUUGUUUCAGAUCCAUCGACACUGGAUACAGAUUUUGCUUUGCAAUGUGACACUUUAGCUGGUCAACCAUUUCCUCAAUCUCCGUGUUCAAACCAAAGUCUAGCUCUUUUGAAAGCCUUUUGCACCGAUGAAGAUACUGUUAAAAGUUACUUACUAGAUGAUGAAUUUAAUAACCAAAACUAUGAAGGACUACAAUUUUUAAAUUCACCGAUAACAACUCUUGACUUAGAUACAAUUGAAAACCUAUCUCCAGUUGCAACUCCUAUCUCAUCAUCCAUAUCUACUGAUCCACUGGCCAUUGAGCCUCUUUACCAUUUCAAGCUUAACAACCCUUACGAGAAUCUAAAAAUGAAUUUUAUUCAUCUCGUUAAACAUGGUUAUAAAAUGAGCUUGUCAUUAAACACAAAUAGUGAAAUUGAUGAGCCUUGGAAUGCUAAUGUUGGUCAAAAAAUCUUGUCCGUUUAUUUUUCUACAUUAAGUUUGCGAAGUGAAUAUUGGCCUGAUGAUGUAAAACUAGAUGGAUUUGAAUCGCUAUUAAUGGAUGAAGCAUAUGCCGCAUUUAAAGGUCAAAGAUACUUGAAUUUAUUCGCACUUAACAAUGACAGGAUGCGAGCAUGUCCAGAUAAACUCAUUUCGAUAUGUAAUGAGAUCAAAGGCUACAGAAAAAUUUUAACUAGCGAUAAAAUAACUCUUUUAUUCAACAUGUAUUAUCAUCUUCACACAAUGGACGGUGUUAUUAACUAUGACUCUACAAUUGACGGCUGGGAUUAUCCAGCAUCUGAUUACAAAUUUGAUCGACGAGACACAUUCAUCUUCAAUCGAUCCUUCCAUGAUGGACUUAAUUACGUUAUCGAAACCUUUCCCGAUCGUUUCAGAAACGAUAUAAAUGUUAUUAUUCUCAUAUAUCUAAUCGUUAUUUUCAAUGGUGACACAACCGGAUUGAAAUGUCCCGAAAUGAUCAGACAUGAACAAUUCUCAUACAUUUAUUUGCUUCGACGUUAUUUGCGGACAGUUUGUGAAUCUGAUUGUGAAGCUUCAGACAAUCAUUACAGAUUGAUGGUUAAAAUUGAACAUGUAAGGCUUUUAACUGAAAAAACCAAGAACAAAUUUCUUCGGCUACUUCAUGAACCGUUGUUGGAAACCAUAACAAAAGCAAUUACACUUGGAGUACCUAAAAGGAUGCCUCAAAUGUUUCAGGCGCCACAUUUAAAAACAUGAAUGCAUGUAAAAAUUGUUGAUAAACACAUUUGUACUUAAAGCCUAAGUGUAAUGUAGAGCUGAUAGUGAGUAUUUUGAUACUCGACUAUUCGAUUAUUAAUGUGAUUAGAGUAUUAUUGCCUAGGUCAAAUAAGUUAUGUUAACAACAGAAAGCUAAGUUAACAGGAGAAA